GGCUAUAAACAGUUGAUUAGAUAAUGAAACCAGCCAUAGAAGUCAUGUGCAUGUGUAUGCAGCCGCUGAUGCUUAGUGAGUGGAAUUCCACAGAACAUUUACCUGAAGGCAGCGCUUCCUUGGAACUCCGCGACACGUGAUUAGAUCCGUCACGUAUACAGGAUUUGCUGCUUUAAGAGCACGCCACAACCCACACUGCCAGCAUAAGUGCUGACUCCAACCAGCAGUAACAUUACCGUCGAUAAAGCAGAGCACUCUAUCAAUUGUGGAAGAUGUCUUGUGAAGGGAUCCAUCUGCAUCACCCGGUCACCAUGCCUGAAAAUGAAGAGCUCGAGUGUGUGGUGUGCUUCUACAAGUACUCACGCAGCCACAGGAUCCCACGGGUCCUCCACUGCAACCACACCUUCUGCGCUCCCUGCCUGGAGAAACUGUGCAAGGUGGAUGGCAUCAUCCGCACGGUCUCCUGCCCUCUGUGCCGCUGGAUUACCUGCACACGGGCCAGCCUGACCCUGCCCGGGUCCUUGUGGGUCAACACAGAGAUCUGGGACCAGAUUGCAGAGGAGCAGCAGGGGAGGGACGACGAAUCAAUGGACGCUUUGUAUUACAUGAAGACUGGAAUUGUCAAGUCAACACUCCCUUACUCAAGACAGACUGGUUUCAUGUCCACACUACAGAAAAUGUUCAGCUGUGUGCUGCUGCCGGGACAUGAGAUGGACGGCUGCUGACAGUUUAACAGCACGUGAAAUUACUGCGACAUCUCCCUUUCUCGUCAGGUCUGAACAGACCGACCCAGUGACUGCGAUUUGCAUGGCCAAGUUGCUUGUAAUGGACAGACAUCUCAGGUGGCCCCCACGCCUCGGUCGGCAUUCUGCUCUUGGAAGAAGCGAAGGCCUGAGAGGCUUUGUGGAAGGUUCUGUAAGUGUUUAAAACUCUUUUCGUGUUGACCUGGGAGGCGGUUUUGAAAAGAGUUGCACUGAUUGUAAGUUUUGAUCUGUGACUUUGUUCUAAAGUAUUGUUGUAUAGAUUUUUUUUUAUCACAAUAGGAAUAACUGCAAAAUAUUAACAAAUUAAAUAUGAAGUACUCAUUCUGAUUUAAAGCACAUUAUUCAGUGGUAUGAGGGAUGUUGUGUUUUGUUCUAUUUUAUUCCAUUAUUCUUAAAUUAUUUAUAUAUGUAUAUAUUAAUCCUUAGAUCCUUAAAGUUCAUGUUAACUUUAAUGCAGAAUGUAUUCUGAUUUAUUUAUUUAACAUAAAUAAAACGCUAACUGCUGAUUUGUUGACUCAUCUUAGACAUUUCCUGUUCAAUAAGUUAAGAAACAUCUGUGAAAUUUAGUGUUUGAGACAUGAAGAAUAAUGUUCUAGUAAAAUAAGAUGGACAGCAUUUUAUGUAAUGUUAUCUUGGUUAGUCUCCACUGUUUGUUUGUAUUUAAAUGUUUCUUCUACCUUUGGCUGUGUAAAGUGGGCAUCCCAAAAUAUAUGGCUGUACAUUUAUAUUAUUCAUUUGAUAAAUGUUGAACAUUGAUUAAAAAGAAAUGAUACAAGUGCA